AUGACGGUGUUUUCCGCCGCAAAGCAGGUGUUUCCGGUGGACUACGAGACCGAAGUGUCGCAGCGUCUUUUGGAAGCUUCUCACUCUGGCGAUCUGAGCUCCGUCGUAGACUGCAUUUCCGAUCCCUUGGUCGACGUCAACUUCGUCGGCGCCGUCACCUUGAGGAUCCGAAGGACCGAGUUGGUUCUGCACGAUGAAUCGCCGAGUCAGGUACGCGUCGAGUUCGACGAGUUCAAAACCGACGUCACGCCUUUGUUUCUCGCCGUUCAUGCUGGAAAUGCAGAUAUCGUGAGGAAAUUACUGAGUAAUGGAGCUGAAGUAAACCAAAAGCUGUUCAGAGGCUUUGCAACGACUGCAGCAGUGAGGGAGGGCCACCUUAAUAUUCUUGAGAUGUUAAUUAAAGCUGGGGCAUCACAGCCAGCAUGUGAAGAAGCUCUUUUGGAAGCAAGCUGCCAUGGGCAAGCCGAACCUGCAGAAUUGCUUAUGAACUCUGAUUUGAUCCGACCCCAUGUAUCUGUACAUGCUUUUGGGAUUGCGUGUUGCAGGGGAUUCUUGGAUGUCAUUGAAACACUCAUAAAGUGCAGCGUGGAUACGAGUGCUGCAGAUCGGUUGCUUUUACAGUCACUUAAGCCUUCUCUCUACACAAAUGUGGAUUGUACUGCACUUUUUGCCGCUGUAAUUCAUAGACAGGUCCCUGUCGUGGGUUUACUACUGAAGGAUUGUGCUAGGAUACACUAUGAAACAAGGCUUGGAGCAUGGUCAUGGGACAUUUCCACAGGCGAAGAGUUUCGUGUGGGAGCUGGGAUGGGAGAACCUUAUCCUAUCACCUGGUGUGCAGUUGAAUAUUUUGAAAAGAGCGGUGCUAUACUGCGCAUGCUCUUGCAUCAUGUUUCCCCCAAUACUCCUCACCAUGGAAGAACCCUUCUACACCAUGCCGUCCUAUGUGGCAACGUUGAGGCUGUCAGGAUACUCUUGGAAUGUGGUGCUGAUGUGGAAUCGCCAGUCAAAACAACCUGCCAGACCAAGUUUCAUCCAAUACACAUGGCUUCUCGUCUUGGCUUAUCAACAAUUAUUCAGUGCCUUAUUGAUUUUGGCUGUGAUUUGAACUCUACAACAGACUCUGGUGAUACAGCUUUGAUGAUCUGUGCAAAAUAUAAUCAAGCAAAUUGUCUCGAAGUACUGACAAGUGCUGGUGCUGAUUUUGGCUUGGUGAAUACUGCUGGACAAUCUGCAAGUUCAAUUGCUGAGUCAAAGCAAUGGUGGCUAGUUUUUCAGCAAGCAGUGUUUGAUACAAUUAGAAAAGGAAAGAUACCUAAAUCCAGCAAUACUUCUGCUUUUUCCCCUCUAUUGUUUGUAACUCGAUCUGGGGACACCGAAUCUUUGAAAACUCUCAUCGGUUCUGGAGAAUUCAAUCUUGACUAUCAAGAUGAUGAUGGUUUCUCUGCAGCUAUGGUUGCUGCUUUGAAGGGUUACGUUGAAUCAUUUCGAUUGCUUGUAUACGCGGGAGCUAAUGUAAAGCUAUGCAAUAAAUCAGGAGAAACAGCAAUUUCCUUGUCUAAAUUAAACCAGAGUCAUGAUUUAUUUGAAAAGGUCAUGCUUGAAUUUGCGCUUCAAAGGGGCAACUACAAUGCUGGUGGCUUUUAUGCUUUACAUUGUGCAGCUCGACAUGGUGACUUGGAUGCUGUUAAAUUGCUCACUAGUAAAGGUUAUGAUGUGAAUGCCCCUGAUGGUGACGGCUACACUCCCCUCAUGUUAGCAGCAAGGGAAGGCCACGGCUUCAUUUGUGAGGUUCUAAUUUCAUAUGGAGCCCACUGCAAUGCUAAGAACGCCAGAGGGGAAACUGCACUUUCACUUGCAAAGAAAGAAGGAAGAAAAAACGAUGCAGAGGAUGUUAUACUAGAUGAACUUGCUCGUAGAUUGGUACUAGGUGGUGCCUAUGUGAAGAAGCACACCAAAUGUGGGAAGGGAACUCCACAUGUUAAACAAAUACGGAUGAUAGGAUCUGCAGGGUUGCUGCAUUGGGGGAAGUCAAAUCGCAGAAAUUUGAAGUGCUGUGAGGCAGAGUUGGGGCCAAGCUUAACAUUCCGUAGAAAUAGGUACCAGAAAGGUGACGCAGAUGAACCUGGAAUGUUUAGGGUGCUUACGACCAAGAACAAGGAAGUGCAUUUUGUAUGUGAUGGGGGAUUAGAAGUUGCUGAACUUUGGGUCAGGGGUAUCAAACUUGUUACCAGAGAGGCUAUGUUUGGUAAAAUGUGA